CAGGCACGUCCGCGACGGGGCCGGCUCAGGCAGCCAGACUCCUCCUCAUCUCCAGUGUCAAACUUGACAUCAGCCUGCGAGCGGAGCAUGGUAACUUCUCCAGCGACCAGGGCGCUCCCGCUCACAUCCGUGGCAUGCUCCGGGGAGCUAUGCUCCUGUCGCUGCCCUCUGCCCCGGCAACAUGGACUGUCACCUCUCCGUCCUCCUCCUGCUCAGCUGCUCUGCUCUCCGCGGCUCCGGGGAAGUGAGUCCGCAGCCCCCCAAUGAAGUCAAUCUACUGGAUUCAAAAACAAUUCAAGGGGAGCUGGGCUGGAUCUCUUAUCCAUCACAUGGGUGGGAAGAAAUCAGUGGUGUGGAUGAACAUUACACACCCAUCAGGACUUACCAGGUGUGCAAUGUCAUGGAUCAUAGUCAAAACAAUUGGCUGAGAACAAACUGGGUCCCCAGGAACUCAGCUCAGAAGAUUUACGUGGAGCUCAAGUUCACCCUCCGAGACUGCAAUAGCAUCCCACUGGUUUUGGGAACUUGCAAGGAGACAUUCAACCUGUACUACAUGGACUCUGACGAUGAUCAUGGGGUGAAAUUCCGAGAGCACCAGUUUACAAAGAUUGACACUAUUGCAGCUGAUGAAAGUUUCACUCAAAUGGAUCUUGGGGAUCGUAUUCUUAAACUCAACACAGAGAUUCGAGAAGUAGGUCCCGUCAACAAGAAGGGAUUUUAUUUGGCUUUUCAAGAUGUUGGUGCUUGUGUUGCCUUGGUGUCUGUGAGAGUAUACUUCAAAAAGUGUCCAUUUACAGUGAAGAAUCUGGCUAUGUUUCCAGACACGGUACCCAUGGACUCCCAGUCCCUGGUGGAGGUUAGAGGGUCUUGUGUCAACAAUUCUAAGGAGGAAGAUCCUCCAAGGAUGUACUGUAGUACGGACGGCGAAUGGCUUGUACCCAUCGGCAAGUGCUCCUGCAAGGCUGGCUAUGAAGAAAGAGGUGUUAUGUGCCAAGCUUGUCGACCAGGUUUCUACAAGGCGUUGGAUGGUAACAUGAAGUGUGCUAAGUGCCCCCCUCACAGUUCUACUCAGGAAGAUGGUUCCAUGAACUGCAGGUGUGAGAAUAAUUACUUCCGAGCAGACAAAGACCCUCCAUCCAUGGCUUGUACCCGACCUCCAUCUUCACCAAGAAAUGUUAUCUCUAAUAUAAACGAGACCUCAGUUAUCCUGGACUGGAGCUGGCCCCUGGACACAGGAGGCCGAAAAGAUGUUACCUUCAACAUCAUAUGUAAAAAAUGUGGGUGGAAUAUAAAACAGUGUGAGCCAUGCAGCCCAAAUGUCCGCUUCCUCCCUCGACAGUUCGGACUCACCAACACCACGGUGACAGUGACAGACCUCCUGGCACAUACUAACUACACCUUUGAGAUUGAUGCCAUGAAUGGGGUGUCAGAGCUGAGCUCCCCACCAAGACAGUUUGCUGCCGUCAGCAUCACAACCAAUCAGGCUGCUCCGUCGCCUGUCCUGACGAUUAAGAAAGAUCGGACAUCCAGAAAUAGCAUCUCUUUGUCCUGGCAAGAACCUGAACACCCUAAUGGGAUCAUAUUGGACUACGAGGUCAAAUACUAUGAAAAGCAGGAACAAGAGACAAGUUAUACCAUUCUGAGAGCAAGAGCCACAAAUGUUACCAUCAGUGGCCUCAAGCCUGACACAGCAUACGUAUUCCAAAUCCGAGCCCGAACAGCCGCUGGAUAUGGGACGAACAGCCGCAAGUUUGAGUUUGAAACCAGUCCCGAUUCUUUCUCCAUCUCCGGUGAGAGCAGCCAAGUGGUCCUGAUCGCCAUUUCAGCAGCAGUAGCAAUCAUUCUCCUCACGGUUGUCAUCUAUGUUUUGAUUGGGAGGUUCUGUGGCUAUAACAAGUCAAAACAUGGGGCGGAUGAAAAAAGACUUCACUUUGGCAAUGGGCACUUAAAACUUCCAGGUCUCAGGACUUACGUUGACCCACAUACAUACGAAGACCCUACCCAAGCUGUUCAUGAGUUUGCCAAGGAACUGGAUGCCACGAACAUAUCCAUUGAUAAAGUUGUUGGAGCAGGUGAAUUUGGAGAGGUGUGCAGUGGUCGUUUAAAACUUCCUUCAAAAAAAGAGAUCUCAGUGGCCAUCAAAACCCUGAAAGUGGGCUACACGGAAAAGCAGAGGAGAGACUUCCUGGGAGAAGCGAGUAUUAUGGGACAGUUUGACCACCCGAAUAUCAUUAGACUGGAGGGAGUUGUUACUAAAAGUAAGCCAGUUAUGAUUGUCACAGAAUACAUGGAGAAUGGUUCCUUGGACAGUUUCUUACGUAAACACGAUGCCCAGUUUACUGUCAUUCAGCUAGUGGGGAUGCUUCGAGGGAUAGCAUCUGGUAUGAAGUACUUGUCAGAUAUGGGAUAUGUUCACCGAGACCUCGCUGCUCGAAACAUUUUGAUCAACAGUAACUUGGUGUGCAAGGUUUCUGAUUUUGGACUUUCACGUGUCCUGGAGGACGACCCAGAAGCUGCUUACACAACAAGAGGUGGGAAGAUCCCAAUCAGGUGGACAUCACCAGAAGCUAUAGCCUACCGCAAGUUCACGUCAGCCAGCGAUGUAUGGAGUUACGGAAUUGUUCUCUGGGAGGUGAUGUCUUAUGGGGAGAGACCAUACUGGGAGAUGUCCAAUCAGGAUGUAAUUAAAGCCGUAGAUGAGGGCUAUCGACUGCCACCCCCCAUGGACUGCCCAGCUGCUUUGUAUCAGCUGAUGCUGGACUGCUGGCAGAAAGACAGGAACAACAGACCCAAGUUCGAGCAGAUUGUUAGCAUUCUGGACAAGCUUAUCCGGAACCCCGGCAGCCUGAAGGUCAUCACCAGUGCGGCAGCAAGGCCAUCAAACCUUCUUCUGGACCAAAGCAAUGUCGAUAUCACUACCUUCCGCACAGCAGGUGACUGGCUUAAUGGCGUCCGGACAGCACACUGCAAGGAAAUCUUCACAGGCGUGGAGUACAGUUCUUGUGACACAAUAGCCAAGAUUUCCACAGAUGACAUGAAAAAGGUUGGUGUCACCGUGGUUGGGCCACAGAAGAAGAUCAUCAGUAGCAUUAAAGCUCUAGAAACACAAUCGAAGAAUGGCCCAGUUCCCGUGUGAAGCACUGCUUCUGGAAGGAAAUGGUGACUGUGGAAGGUGCAGCAUCAUCCUGCAGACAGACAAUGAUGCUGGAGACGCUGGUGAAGUUCCAACUCCAAUAAGACACUCAAAUAUGAGUACAAAUGCCUUAAAAUGGAAUUUAAAAACUCUUUAUUUUCCCCUAUCAUUUAGUGGAUGGGUGGGUGGGGUAUUUUUUUGUAAUUGCUUUUUUAAGUAAUAGUUAAUGGAUUCAGUGAAAUUCUUCAGAGGAAAGUGGUGAAGAACUACCAUAUAGCCAUGGAUCACAAGCUAUCAUGAAAGCCAAACAAGUGAAAUAGCAAAACGGACGUGGUGGCUGUGUUUCGUUACAGCCGCAAAAGAAAAGACUUGUAAUAUUUUUAUAGACAGAGGAAAUCUGUAACAGGGAUUUUGUUUCUUUUAAAGCAAGGAAAAUGGAGGAAUUGAUACCUCAGACUCUCUGGCCAUAUUUACUACCUUAUCACCGCAUUCUUCUCUUUUAUCUGUUUAAAGCAUAUAGAGAUGAUGUUUGUAGUUGUUCUAAGUACUACAUGCUUUUAAAUUGUUAGCUUCUUUAAGUAUAUCAUGUAAAGAAUGUCUUAAUUUUUGAAAAAAGUACAUAUUUAUUUUCUUUUGGAUUGUUUUUAUUGUUUUCUAUUUAUGUCUUGAUGAUUUAAUUUGGAUUUGUUACAGCCAAGUGCCAAAUGCUCUCUCAAAUUGUCAGCAGUUUAAAUUGACACAGAUAAUGAUAGGUUUCUUUCAGAUUUUUUGAACCACCCACUUACAUGUAUUUUUAAAAAUGAAACUUCUUUUCCCAGUCAUACACUAACAUCUGUCCUAGUCUGUUAUCCCAAUCAUUCUUUUCUCUCCAUUUAUUAUAAACUGUAUGCUCAAAAUUUAGUGUAAUAUACUAGCUUGUAUGCAAUGGAUUUUCAACCAGAUAGCAUACAUUUCCUGCUCUGGUGCUUAGAGACCAUUAACUCCCUCCAUUAGUGAAGGAGCCGUGUUAGAGCUUCCGAGAAGAGCUACACUGGAAAGAACUGAAAUCUGAUAUAGAUUGCUAUAUUAACAGGCAGCACAGCCUAUAGGCCAAUGCAUGAGUCAAAAAAAAAAAAAAUCACUUGCUCACUGGCUUUGAAAAGUCAUUUACUAUUGUUGCUUAAACUUGCUCAACUGUUUAUAGAGAAUGAUGAUAACAGAACCACUCCUCUGUAUCACUGGAGUUUAGGUCAAUUAAGUAAAUAUUGUGACCAUUAGUACCAGGUAUUAUUGUCUUUAAGAGUCUUCCACUUCAAUGCACAUGAUGCGGUUUUGGUAUAUAACUUAGAAGCAUUGAACUUCCUCAAAUUUACUGGAUGUAACAUUUUUAGAACAGUCGGUCAUCUAGCAAAUGCCUCGAAAUGUGCAGGCAGGAGAGCGAUUUCUCAUCACAGGGAUUUAGACUUACUGUUACAUAAAGGCUAACUUUGAGCUUGCUCAGUAAUAUUUGAAAAGAUGUACAUGGUGGGUACCUAGCUAUUAGUAUAUUCUGAAGCAACAUUUUAGCUGUAUUGAUACUUUCUAAUGCUGAUAUGAACUUGAAUAUAAGAAAUGUGUAUAUCACAAGAAUGGAAUGGAUAAAACAAUGCUGCAAAUUUAAUGUUCUUAUGCAAAAUGGAAUGCUAAUGAAACACUGCUUACAGUCACAAAUCAAAAUUCACAAGUGCUAAUCUGUUGUAGGUUUAUUGUAAUAAGACUUAGAUUGUGCUCCUUCAGAUAUAAGACUGUUUCUCAAAUCUUGGCAAUAUUUCUUAGUCAAAUCAGGCUGUUAGGUAUUGGGUAUAUAAGAGCAUGAAAUUUUAAAAAAUACACGUGUGAUUAUAAAAUUAAUCAAAAUUUUACUUAUACCUGCUAUCAGCAGCUAGAAAACAUUUUUUUAAUCAAGUAUUUUGUGUUUGGAAUGUUAGGAUGAGAUCCAAAUAUGGUUUCAAUCUAAUUUUUUCCCAGACUAACAUUCACUUUUUUAGGUACUAUUCUGAGCAUACGCAACAAAACCUGUGCAUUUCAUAAACUAAUAAUUGUGGAUUGUUGAAUCUAUUUCACUUAUUUUGGCUGUGGUUUCCAUUUGAAAGUAGAGGUUGUACACAUCAUAUACUGUUCUUCAUUUCAUUAAUAUUUUUCUACUUUACCUCUUAAAAAUUUAUUCUACACAAUUCUUACCCUGUAUAUAUGUAAACAUAAGUGUACGAUUCUUAACCAUGGAGUAGAGGUACUAGAAUGCUAAGGCCAUCACUUUGUACAGGAACUGCAUUGAUUUUCAGUAAACAUAAGGCCACAUCUCCUUCAGGAUGUUAUGUACCAUAUGAUCUGUUUUGUAUCUUACAUAUGAUUUACAUAUAUUAUUUAUUUCUGGCAACUCAGUUUAUGCUGUGCUAAGUAUAAAUCAAGCCAUGUAUAAAUGUGAUAUGAUGGACAAUAUGUGUUUACUUUAAACUUGUCUUUUCAAAAUAUGACUCAGUUUAUAUUGUGCAAUGUAGAUGGCCUCUUACUAAUGUAAAAUGAUUUGUAGUGGAAACGUUUAUAUUUUUAUAAUAAACAUAAUGAAAAUAUUUUUUACAGAUUGGAA